AUGAACAUCAUACGAAAGCUCGAAGUAGAGCACUCAGAUGGGACGACCUACUCUCAAAUGUUUCUUACGAAUGAAGAUCUUCUUCCCGUUCCUCACGCAAAACAGACCUGGAAACACCGUAAUUUCAUUGCCUUUUGGAUGAUCGCUUCUUCAAUGAUUCAGGCUGGACUAUCCUGGUGGCAAGCUUGGAUCUGUGUAUGGAUUGGCUACGGAAUCGUAGCGCCUUUCAUUGUUCUUAAUGCCCGUCCUGGUGCAAUCUUUCACAUUACCUUUCCGGUCGUUGCCCGGACAAGUUUUGGGUUAUAUGGAAGCUUGUGGUGUACAUUCAAUCGGGGGGCCAUGGCUUGCGUUUGGUACGGAGUACAAGCUAGCAUCGGGGGCUCGUGCAUGUUUGUGAUGUUGAGGGCAAUGUGGCCUAGUAUUGACAAUAUCCCAAAUGGUCUCCCAGAUUCUGCAGGAAUUACGACUAAGGAGAUGUUGGCCUUCUUUUUGUUCUGGUUAAUCUCUUUGCCUGCAAUCUGGUUCCCACUUCACCAAAUUCGUCACCUCUUCACGGUAAAAGCUAUAAUCACUCCAAUAGCAGGUCUGGUUUUCUUUGUAUGGUGUAUAGUGAAGGCAAAAGGUGUAGGUCCAAUCAUCCGUCAACCUGGGACAAUGCACGGGUCUGAUUUAGGAUGGGGAAUGGUCACCAACUUAAUGUCCUGCAUCAGCAAUAUGGCUACUCUUCUAACCAAUGCACCUGAUUUCGCCUCUCGCUCGCAUAGCCCUUCUGCUGCACUUUGGCCUCAGCUACUCUCUAUCCCUUUCAGCUUUGCAAUUGUCAAUCUACUCAACAUGUUUCUUGACAAUUCUCCCUCGCAUGCGACUAGGUUUGGAGUUUGGUUCAUUGCAUUUGCAUUCAUUAUUGCUCAGGUGAGAGUAUUAUCUGAAACCAAUAUAUCCGCUAAUUCAGUUAGUGCUGGAUGUGACCUUACAUCUUUGUUUCCUCGAUUUAUCAACAUCCGAAGAGGAGGGUACAUCGCAGCGAUUGUGGGGUACUGUAUUCUACCCUGGAAGCUUUUAGCCAGCAGCAACGGAUUCACUUCAUAUCUUUCCGCUUAUUCUGUCUUCCUAAGCUCCAUUGCCGGGGUCAUGGUCACUGAGUACUAUUUUAUCCGGAAAGGACAUUAUCGAGUCACGGAUUUGUACGACACUAGAAGGAACGGAUGGUAUUGGUACACAUAUGGCUUCAAUUACAGAGCCUAUGUAGCGUAUAUAGCGGGUAUCCUCAUCAAUGUGGUUGGUUUUGCGGGAGCAACGGGUCGAACUGUGCCGAUCGCUGCCACACGGAUUUAUGAGAUGUCUUUCUUCACGGGAUUCGGGAUAUCGACAAUUGUCUAUCUCCUGCUCAACUGGGCGUUCCCAGUCCUUGGAGCGUCCGAGACUUUUGAGGAAGUAGAUGUCUCUGGGUGGGACUCACAGCACCUUCGGCACGAUAGUGAGGAUAACUACGUAUUAGCACAAUGGAAUAAGAAUAAUAUAACACUGGAGAAUCGCGGACUGCGUCAGCUACGCUAUCGCUUACAAUGA